CAUCAAUAAUCGAUCGACGAUGCUAGCGAUCUACUAGCUCUCUGCGGUGCUCUUGGCAUUUGCUGUCGCUCCUCGUCUGUUUUCAACCGCAUUCAGGUUCAGCUUUUCCACUACAGAAAUGGCAACUUCAGUGAAACUCAACACCGGUGCACAAAUGCCUAUUUUGGGACUGGGAACCUGGAAGUCUCCACCUGGCAAGGUCGCAGAGGCAGUGAAAGCAGCCAUUUCUGCAGGUUACAGGCACAUCGAUGGUGCCUACGUCUACCAGAAUGAGGUAGAGGUGGGUGAAGGUAUCCACACUAUGAUCAAGGAUGGUGUGGUCAAAAGAGAUGAUCUUUUUAUUGUAAGCAAGCUGUGGUGUACUUUCCAUGAAAAGUCCUUGGUCCGGAAGGCUUGUGAGAAGACUCUCAGUGAUCUUAAACUGGACUACCUAGAUCUCUAUUUAGUGCACUGGCCCAUGGGUUUUAAGGCAGGUGAUGAGCUUUUUCCUUCGGACAGUACAGGACAAACCAUCAGUGAUAACACCAGCUUCCUGGAGACAUGGGAGGGAAUGGAAGAGCUGGUGGAUGCUGGUUUGGUCAAAGCUAUUGGUAUCUCCAAUUUCAACAAGGAGCAGAUUGAAGCCAUUCUCAACAAGCCGGGCCUCAAAUACAAGCCUGCCAACAACCAGGUGGAGUGCCACCCAUACCUGACCCAGGACAAGCUGAUCAACUACUGCCACUCCCAGGGUAUCUCGGUGACAGCUUACAGCCCCCUGGGAUCCCCUGACAGACCAUGGGCUAAACCAGAUGAUCCCUCACUCCUGGAGGAUCCCAACAUUAAAGCCAUCGCUGAGAAACACAAGAAGACACCUGCUCAGGUCCUGAUCCGCUUCCACAUCCAGAGAAAUGUGAUUGUGAUCCCUAAGUCAGUCACACCGCAGCGCAUUCAAGAGAAUUUCCAGGUGUUUGACUUUGAAUUAACUGAGGAGGAAAUGAAGACUAUACUGGGAUUUAAUAGGAACUGGAGAGUCUGUCCAAUGCAAUGGGCCACAAAGCACAAGGACUUUCCAUUCAACGCUGAAUUCUGAGAGGAAAACUGCAAAGUUUCCACAUGUUAACGCUGGGUCUUUGUUAUUGCUUCUUUAUGUGUUUAUGCUGUUGGGUUAUUGCAUGUAAAAUCAAUCAAAUCUGGAAAAAGGUUCCUGUACUGUUCCUUUAUUGUACAAAAGAAAUCAGUUGCCAUGAGGGGCUAGGUGGAAAGCACUGAUUGAUGUUUUUUUUCAUGGAAUGACCCUGCUGUGGCUUUGACUCCUCUUACAUUUCUCAGGAAAAAUACCAGCUUCCUGUGUUACCACUAAAGUAUAUACACACACUCCAAAGACAACUUGAUGCUUAAUUUGAUGUUUGGGUUAUUAUAAAAUAUGUUUUGGAUUUUGUACUCCUGUAGUGGCAUAUUGGCAUUGAGCCUUGGGAUGAAGUAAACUUAUUUGUUAUGUUACUGAAGAGAAUAAAACAAGCUACUUAAAAAUCAUAGACUUUACAAUGUAAUUUAGUUUGUAGUUUUUCAUGUCUAGUAGUGUCACAUACAAGAGCAAUCUUAACUGCCUUUAAGCUUUCAUGUCCAACAACUUUUAAAAAUGCAUUUCAUUUAUAUAGAAAAUUUGAUUUAAUUUGCAUUAAAUGUGAUACCUGCAGUCCCUGACAGAGGCAAAAAAUGUCUAUUUUAUAAACUUAUCUCUGUGAAGCACAUGUUGCCUUAGAGUGAUGCAAUACAGUAUUUGGUGCUUUGUAUUCAUGUGUAUUACUGUGUUAUAAGGGUGUGGCUUUUGCUUCUCAUGCUGGUUUUAUGGUCGAGCAAAGCGAGCGCGUUCACUCCACUCUAGGGCCUGCCCAUCUACUUGCAGUGAACUCUAUUGUCAGAUGGAGGCAGUGUACAAGUUAUGUGCUACAACCGGUCUGUGGCCCACUCUUUCUUGUGUUGUUGCUGUUCUGCGAGCCAGCUGCAGAAAAGAGCGAAGUUGUAGGAUACAAAGAGCUGAAGUUAAACUGAGUGUUUAAAAACAAUUAAAAGUGUCUCUCCAGC